AUGGCCUCCGAAACAAGCCUAUCGAAGAGCAUCGAGGAGACCUCCGCGGCUGCGCCUCAGCCCAAGGAGAAGCUCUUUGGAAGAAAGUUUUACGAAAGCAUUGGCAGCCCGAAAUAUGUUGUUGCUCCAAUGGUCGAUAGAUCCGAGUUUGCGUGGCGCAUGCUCACUCGAUCCUUCAUGCCGCCAAACGACCCCAAGCCCUUACUCGCAUACACCCCAAUGUUUCACGCACGUCUAUUCAGCGAACAAGAGAAUGUCCGGGCCAAACAUUUCCAACCUACCCGCAGAACCAUUGGAGAGAGCAAGGAUGAAUUAUUUCUCGACGGAAAUCCCGCGAUUGACCGCCCCCUUUUCGUUCAAUUUUGCACGAAUAACCCGGAUGAGUUCUUAGAGGCUGCCCGUCAUGUGGUACCUCAUUGCGACGCUGUGGACCUGAACCUUGGCUGUCCGCAGGGUAUCGCGAAAAAGGGCCACUACGGAGCUUUCCUCCAAGAAGAUUGGGACUUGAUCUAUAAGCUUGUGAAUCGGUUGCACACCGAGCUCUCAAUUCCUGUCACGGUGAAGUUCCGUAUUCAGGAGACCAAGGAGAAGACCUUGGAGUACGCUAAAAUGAUUCUAUCCGCUGGGGCUAGCAUCAUCACUGUGCAUGGACGCAGACGGGAGCAGAAAGGGCAUAAUACUGGAGUCGCAGACUGGAGCUACAUCCGCUAUCUACGAGACAAUUUACCACCUGACACGGUGAUUUUCGCCAAUGGAAACAUUCUUAACUACGGUGACAUCGAAACUUGUCUCGAGGCUACCGGGGCCGACGCAGUGAUGAGCGCAGAAGGAAAUUUAUCAGACCCGUCUAUAUUCAGCAAGCCUCCUGCACCCGGUACCGAAGGAAGAGAAUACUGGCGCGGGCGAGAUGGAAAGGGCGGUUAUCGAGUUGAUGCCGUGCUACGACGAUACCUUGAUAUUAUCUAUAAAUACGUUCUUGAACAGCCAGUUCCAGAAAGGAAGCCGCUUUAUCUUCCAUCUGAUCCAGUUGAUGAAUUUGCAGAAACCAAUGAUGCUGACGAGAAUGACCGCGAGGAGGGCCCACUGAAAAAGAAGCAAAAGCGGAGCAAGGCCGAGAAGGGCAAGAAAUGUCACUCUUCCAGCCUUGGUUUUAUGCAGGGCCAUCUCUUCCAAGUCUUGCGGCCAAUGGUUGCAACCCAUACCAACGUUCGAGAUGCCCUUGCAACAUCAAAGCCAGGUGACAUGGCCGCGUUUGAGCACACUCUUGUUCUUCUUGAGGAUGCCAUCAAAGCCGGACUUCAGGAGUAUGAGGCCUCUCCCGAGAAGUUUGAAACCAAGCCCGAUGAGACCCUGAAGGGAUCUAAAGCAGUGAUUGCGGAGUAUGGAAGGCCUUGGUGGAUCUGCCAGCCUUAUGUUCGUCCUCUCCCCGAAGAAGCAUUUGAAAGUGGAGCGAUGCGUGAAAAGGGCACAAAACCUCCUGGAAAGAACGAGAAAGAAGAGAAGACUACUCCCAAGGAGGUUGAUACCCCUUCUGAGGAGACUGUUACGCCAGGGGAUGGUGCUGCUAUUACUGCCACUAAUAUUACGCCUGAUCCUCUCGUGAGUGGAUAG